CACAAAUAUGUUCAUAAUACUCUUCAUCAUUACGGUGGUGGUAUGUUAUUUUGUUUGCGCGACGGUCGUUGGACAGCUUGAAUAUCAUAUUUGACGAUCGACAUGUCAAAGUCGUUCGCUAUAGACAAACGGUUCGAAGCCAUAAAAAAAUCCCACCAGCAAGAUUCGCCAGAGUGGAGUUUGUUUUCAUCGGAUAACAUCGUUUGACGACAAUGGCUUCAUAUUCAGGGGCCGAGUGUCUUUUUCUCUCACUAUUGCUAAGCAUUUUUUUCGCGUCGAGUGAUGGUUACCUCGGUGGAACUACUCAACCGGAAGUGACUAUUCCCCAAGGGACUCUGCAGGGAAAAAUUAUGACCACCACCCAUGGCCGAAAGAUUUCGGCUUUUCUGGGAAUUCCUUAUGCGCAACCACCGGUAAAAAAUAAAAGAUUCGCCAAUCCCGUGCCGGCGGAUGGUUGGGAAGGAAUCCGAAACGCUACUGCCGACGGAAACUUCUGCCCCCAAAUAAGUAGCAGAGACUAUAUCACUUCCGUUGGAGACGAAGAUUGUCUAAACCUGAACGUGUUCACACCGCAGAUGAGCGGCGGUAAGAAUUCCUCGCUACUUCCGGUAAUGGUAUACGUUUUCGGUGGGAGAUUCAUGAUAGGGUCUGCCAAUUCAUCGGUGUACGGUCCGCAGUACCUUUUGAACCAAGAUGUAGUUCUCGUCACCUUCAACUAUCGUCUGGGUGCUCUGGGGUUCUUGAGCACUGGCGACAAAGUGGCUUCCGGAAACUGGGGCUUAAAGGACCAGGUCCUUGCGCUCGAAUGGGUGCAGCGUAACAUCAGAUACUUUCAUGGUGACCGUGAUCGAGUAACGCUAUUCGGCCACAGCUCAGGGAGCGCUUGCGUUCACCUUCUGACGCUUUCGAAAUUGACAAUUGGGCUUUUCCAUAAGUUCAUCAUGCAGAGCGGAUCUAGCCUUACGCUAUCGGUUUACAGACCCAGGGCUGUCUACGCAAAGCACGCGUUCCAACUCGGCGACUACGUUGGUUGUUUCAAUGACACUUCGGAUUCCCUCGUCAACUGUUUGCGGAACAAAAGUGUUUUGGAUAUUACAGCCGUGUAUGCACGGUUUUACGUGUGGCAUCAUGAACCAUUCAUCACAUGGGCUAGUACCGAUGAGCCAGAUAUCAAGGGGGCUUUCAUAACAACCAGCCCUGCAAAUAUAGUAAGAGCUGGUCAGAUUCGUGAUGUACCUUGUAUCAUGGGUCUCGUUGAAAAUGAAGGUGUAGGGACUACUAUAGGCUUCUAUGAAAAGGAGGGUUGGCUCGAAGACUUUAUGGAAAACUUUGAUCAUUUGCUGCCGAUUUAUUUGUACUGGUCGUAUCAACCGGACUCUGGAGCCGCUUGGGUCAAGGCGGCCAAGUCGUACUACUUCAAUAACAUUGAAACAAUGAAUAGAAGUGAGUUGCUGACUAAUUUGACGUUACUCGUCGGUGAUGCUUUGUUCACCUAUCCGAUGUACUCCUCCCUGCUAUACCAGCAUGCAGUGGCAGUAAAUCCCCAAUAUUUGUACGACUUCAGAUAUCGGGGCACCUGGAGUAACACUUACGUUUACGGCAACACUUUGAAGGACUACGGAGUAACACACGCGGAUGAGCUAGUUUACAUUUUUCCAUAUGCAGACCACAAUAUCAUGUUAGCUCUCAACAAAACCGCGAGUAAAACAGAUAUACAAAUGAGGGAAAUCAUGGUACAAUUGUGGACAUCUUUUGCGACUCACGGUAAACCUUCAACCUUGUAUUUUCGCGGAAACACAACGUGGGAGCCGUACUCGGAAGAGGACAAUUUUCUUCGGAUAGGAGACAGAUCCGAAAUCACGCUAGAGGUUGAACAUUCAGUUUCAAGAGAGCGAAUGCAAUUUUGGGCCAAUUUGGAAAGAAAUACGUCAGAGGCAGAAACGAUUGUGUCGAUCCACUAACGCGCCAUCGCUAGAAUAUUUAUUUUAUUAUUACAGUCAAUAUCAGUAGACCGAUCAAACACGGUAUUCCCGCAAAAAUGCCGCAAACAUCGCAAUUCAUGAUGAGAUUUCGAAAUAUUGAUGAAAUCGACAACACGGUUAUUCAGUGAACUUGUUCAAGAUAUUUUCGUAUUUUGUACAUCCUCUAAAACCCUACGAUAUUCGUGCCACGGUGAUCUGAUUUAGGUGCUAUCCGCCAAACAACGUUACUGUCACCCUCGUUUGCAUAUUGGAGACAUAUCUUCUAACGCAGUGUUGUAACGAAUUUUCGGAAUAUUUGUUCUUCGAAAAUCAGUUGCACAGCUUUAGGAACAUCUUGAUGAAGAGUGGAUGUAUGGUGAUGACUAUUCAAGAUGUUCCAAGCUUUCGGUUCUUGCCAUCAUGAAUGCUUCUAGUCAGGAAACUAUCAUGCAGCGGCUGCUCGUCGUUUAAAAUGAUGUGGUGAAAGGUAGCCAUAAUACCUGUUUCAAUUUUUCUUUACAGAAACAUAGUUCUGGCAUUGAUCGCGAGAUCACAAUCAAUGGUGAUCUUUUGAAUUGAAUUGUCGAUCAACUAUUCUUUGCAACCAAGUCGUCUAGUUUGGUUCUCCCAAUUUUUAAGCCUCAUCUUCAUGCGUUCUUGUACGUGUCAGAAUUCGUUCACUUUAUUCAAAUAAUUUCAUUUGUAAUGUGUUAGAAAUAAUCCGCUCAAUUUGUUCAAUUUCUCAAAGUACGCUGAACCACUAUAUACUGACAUGCAGAAAUAGCACUGUUACCUAUAGGUUUUGGUAUGUAGUAUGCCUGUGGGUACAUGCGUUUAGCGUUAUUGUGAGCCAUACAUUGUCGGAUUUAUCACGUAUCGAAUGGAUUCAUGUUUCAGAGAGUAUAAAGAAUAAAACUGCGAAGUACAGAGUAACAAAAUUGUUGAAAAUUAAUAAUAUUCUAUUUUCGUAGUCGUAAUUGAAUUUCUAGUACGAAAUUUUCGAUUCCAGUAUACUUUGUGACUCCAUCUAGUACGGCGAAAAAUUUCAGUCUGGUAACGCAACUGGGUGAAGCAACAAGUACACGCUUCGCGGAUUGUACUUUGGUCCUUCUGCCUGUCAAAAUCGUUCGAAUUUGCUUCCAACGUUUAAAACUGAAGCAGAGAACCGUUCUCGCUGAGAAAGCAACGUGGAUCCUUCUGUAAUUAGUUUAAUCGCAUUCAUUCAUUUCUUGUCAGUUUCUUUACUUAUUUUCGUGUCUUAUGAAUGCCUUCAUGAGCUCGGGAUGAUAGCGUGGUCGCAUGGG